AUGUCACCCUCUCCCUUCGAGCCAGAACGUCCCAGAGAUACACCUUUGCAAUCACCCACAACAGCUAAGUUCACUGCACCUCUGAUUACAAGACAUAGUCAGAGCAUACAACGUGCACGUAUAGACACGGCUUCGCCUGCUGCCCAAUCAGCUCGUUCAAUGCUCAGGACCUUAACCUGGUUCCAUAACCUGUCUCACAAGCACAAUCUCGACCUCUGCAACCCUCACAACAUCACAAUCCGCACACACACACAACUCGAUUCGCUGGGACUGUGCAGCAACCAAGGCACAGAGACGAAGACCACAUCAAACAGCCUGAGAACGCAUUUAUCCUCUUCCGUUGCGAAUGCUCAUCUACCGCCGAUUCUGACGACUACGGCGAAUUCGAUUCGCUCUUCUCCGAUAGUUCACUGUAUGGCUGCCCGUUCGGAUAUCUGCACACGGCGUGCAGUAGCGUGCACGAAGUGGAGAUGGCGGACUGCUGAUUUUGAGAUGGGUGAUGCAGAGUGCUUGCAAGGACGGGGUCAACUGCAAAUACGGUCAUUACCGCUGAGCCUCUCGAUGCCCUCGCUUUCUAGUAAUCCGUCUGGAUCUGGUCAAGGUAUGAGCCUGGCAAUCGACACCCGUAAUGCACUCCAGACAUGGACACUCUCACUCGCUCUCUGCACAAAUCUUGACGCAGACUGCACUAUACUUUUUCCCGAUGUUGGCGACGCGUUACGGAAGUUUGUGAACAAAACUUGUCCUGCAUUUGCUACUACCGAACUCGCGGCUGAGACUCGCAAACGUGUCUCUCGUCUUGCAAAAAAGAGCAAGAACGGUGAUAUCAAGCAGUCCCAAGAGUUUGAUCCCAAUGCUUUACACACAAGGGUGAAAAAAACCUUCAACGCGAAUACCUCGAAAUUCCACUAUAUAGGUACAGGUAUUGGAGAGUCCGAGCACAAAGUAACGAGACAAAAAAAUGAUGAAGACGUACCCUCAGAGGAAGAGGAAGAGGAAUUAUCUCCUGGUGACGUCAGAUAUUCGAUCGGUCAGAAAGGCACUCCAAUUAGCCUGCCUGAAUGGGAGCUCGAGUACCAGUUUGAUCCUGCAAUACAGGAUUUCAGGCACUGCUCAUCCCAGCAUUUGCUAGCCCAACUAAAGGGGCUGGAUGCCUCAGACAACGAGCUUGUCUUUACACACAAGGAACAUGUUGAGAGGGAGAACUUAAGGGGGGCACACAUAGACAAGGGGUGA